AUGGUUCCCUCGCCGUCGAAUCCGCAGCAAGUCCAGCAAUUCCUCUCGUCCGUGCUCUCUCAGCGCGGUCCUUCAUCCGUUCCCUACGACGAGUCCACCAAGUGGUUGAUCCGGCAACAUCUCCUUAAUCUAAUCUCUGCUUACCCUUCCUUAGAGCCCAAGACGGCGUCGUUUACGCACAACGAUGGCCGCUCCGUCAAUCUCCUUCAAGCAGAUGGAACAAUCCCGAUGCCUUUCCAUGGAGUCACCUACAACAUCCCAGUCAUCAUCUGGCUCCUGGAGUCCUACCCUCGCCAUCCUCCUUGCGUCUAUGUGAAUCCCACUGCUGAUAUGAUCAUCAAGCGACCUCACGCUCAUGUCACUCCUUCCGGUCUCGUCUCGCUCCCGUAUCUCCAGAAUUGGGUAUUCCCCAGCUCCAAUCUGGUAGAUCUGGUCUCCGAUCUCAGCGCAGCAUUUGCUCUUGAUCCGCCUCUCUACUCGCGACGCCGUCCUCCACAACAGACAUCUCCGACUCCGCCUUCGUACGAUUCGUCACUCACACGGCCUCCUCCGGCUGAUCAGUCACUGUCCAGACCGUUCCCGCCGUCUCCCUACGGCGGAGGAGGAGGAAGGGUGCAGGUACAGCACGUUCACCACCAACAACAAUCAGAUGAUGCGGCUGAGGUUUACAAAAAGAACGCGAUCAACAAGAUGGUGGAGAUGGUUCACGGCGAUCUUGUUUCAAUGAGGAGAGCCAGAGAAGCCGAAGCGGAAGAGCUACUGAGCUUGCAAGCCGGGCUUAAGAGAAGAGAGGAAGAGCUCAACAGGGGACUGAAGGAGAUGGUGGAGGAGAAAGAAACACUUGAACAGCAAUUACAGGUUAUCUCCAUGAACACUGAUAUUCUAGACUCUUGGGUUAGAGAGAACCAAGGCAAAACCAAGAAUUUAGUCGAUUUGGAUGUGGAUGAUGCGUUUGAGUGUGUUGACACACUCUCUAAGCAGAUGUUAGAGUGUAGUGCUUCCGAUUUGGCCAUUGAAGAUGCUAUUUAUUCCUUGGAUAAGUCGUUUCAAGAAGGUGUUGUUCCGUUUGAUCAGUACUUGAGGACUGUGAGGCUGUUGUCGAGGGAACAGUUCUUCCACAGAGCCACGGCUUCUAAAGUUAGGGCAGCACAGAUGGAAGCUCAGGUUGCAGCUAUCGCGGGCAGGUUACAUUCGUGA